AUGGAACAACAUCGAGAUAGGGCUGCUGGUGGAUCUGUUAAUAGUCCUCCAUGGUUUGAUGGAGGAUGUGAAAAGUACACUCAAUGGAAGAUAUACAUGAAGUCAUACUUGUAUGUGCAAGAUGAACAUGUAUGGAACAUUGUGGAAAAUGGUUGGAAGACACCAAUAAUUCCAGCUAAAGGCGAGGGCUCAUCAAUCUCUAUUCCCAAGCCACAGAAGGACUGGACUGACGUAGAAGUACGUGAUCUUCAAGCCGAUUUCAAAGCAAAAAAUAGCAUCUUCACCGCUCUCUCAGAACGUGAAAAACUGAGAAUUAGUCACUGCGACACUGCAAAACAAGCUUGGGAUCUGCUGCAGACUACAUAUGAAGGAAACAAAAAGGUACGUGCUCAAAAACUGCAAGGUCUGAUAUAUGAAUUUGAAACUAUGACCAUGGGAGAGGAGGAAACCGUGGAUGACUUUCAUGGUAGAAUUCUAAAGAUUACUGGUCAAUGUCGUAGUCUAGGUGCCCUUUUUGAUGAAGACAAGAAAUCCAAAGGUGUAGCUUUCAAGGCUGUGAAAGGGAAAGAAGAGGAAGAUGAAUCACUUGAUCUUGCUCUUCUGACCAAAGAGUUCAAAAAGUUUCUUAGAAAUAAAUCCUCCUCUCAAAGCUUAAAUGUUCCCAAGAAAAAUUUUGUUAACAAUGAUAACAACGUUAGAGGGAAUUUUAGAGCAAACAAAUCUGGAAAAGUAAAAUGCUAUGAAUGUGGUGGCUAUGGCCAUAUUUCUACUGAUUGUGGUAACAGGAAGCAUGGAAAUAGCAACAAUAAAUCCCUCCUCUCGACAUGGAGUGAUGAUGAACCUCAGGAGAUCGAAAAUGUUGCUUUCGUGUCAUCUCUUUCACUUAAAUCUGAAAGUGAUGAAGAAUUCUCAGAUGAUGAGACUAAUGUCCGCUGCAAACAACUCUAUAAAGCGUCAAAAGCCACAUUAAUCAAAAAUGCAGGUUUGGAGGAUGAAAUUGUGCGGCUAAAAGCUAAAUAUGAGAAGUUGGAACUUGCAUGGAGGACCUCUCAGAACACGUGGGAACAAGAAAGAAACAAACUCAUAGAAGAGCUACAGAACUCACAAAGCGACGAGAGUUCUCAGACCUGGAAGAUACAAUGCACUGAAUUGAAAAACACAAUCAAGAUGCUUGAACUUGAGGUAAAAGGACAACAUGCUCUAAACUCAAACCUACUAACUGAAAAUGAAUCAUUGCAGAAAGAGUUGAAGUCCACUCAAGAGAAGUUCACAAAGUUUGAGAUAAGCUCUGCAACAGCAUCUAAGUUAUUCAACUCCGGAAAAACUCACCAUGAUACAUUCGGACUUGGAUAUUCUGGAGAAAGCUCCAAAGGCACACACUUUGUGAGAGAGUCAAAUUCGAAAUUGGAGAAAGAUGAUCCCAUCACUCAAGUCAUCAAAGACUCUGUUACAAGGGCUGACAAAGAACCAAAAUCUUCUCAGAAGGUCACUCAGGUAACUUUGAAUCAGAUGCCUUCUACUAGUCAUAACAGGUAUGCGACUUUUAAGUCCUUUAUUCCUACAUGUCAUUACUGUGGCAAGUUAGGACACAUUAGACCAAGAUGCAAUGAGAGACUAAAGUCAAUUCCAUCUGGUGAGGAAAAGCUAUAUGUAAAAUCUUUACAUUGUGAGCUUAAAGAGCAGAAAGAGCUUAUCAACAAACUGGCUAGUCUGAUUACUAAAGCAAACAUGCAAAAUAGAAGUAAACCUGUCUGGAUUAGAAAGAACUUAAAUAAACUUCAUUCUAAUCACUCUGAUUCUACUGACUCUCUUAAUGAUGUAUGCCUCAUGACAAGUGUAAGUACAGAUAAUUCUUCAACAUACAUUGAAGCAACUUGCCUGGUAGCACUCACGGCCUUGGCAGAUAAGCGAAAAGAUUUUUGGUAUGUGGACAGUGGUUGCUCCAGACACAUGACUGGAGAUAAAGCUUGGUUUAUCUCAUUCGAAGAUGAAAGCACUACGGGUUCAGUUACUUUUGGUGAUGGGAGAAAAGCAAAAAUACUUGCUCGAGGAACAGUCAAUACUCCUGGAAUUCCUAAUCUAAAAAAUGUCUUGUAUGUAGAGGGUUUAACUGCCAAUCUAAUAAGUGUCAGUCACUUGGCUGAUGAUUAUGAGGAUGUGUGGUUCAAUAAGCAAAGAUGUGAUUGCUUGACUGUGAGAUCUGCCGAAGAAACAUUUGAAAUAUGGCACAGAAGACUGGGGCAUGUAAACUAUCAAGAUCUACUCAAAUUAUCCACUAAGCAGUGUGUCAGAGGUCUACCAGCACUAAGUGGUAGGAUCGACAAGAUAUGUGGAGAAUGCAAAAUCGGUGUUUCCCAUGAGUUUUCAGCCCCGAUCACUCCACAACAAAAUGGAAUAGUCGAGCGAAAAAAUAGAGUACUGUUAGACAUGGCAAGGGUAAUGCUGCAUUCUGCUGAUCUAAGCUCGAACUUUUGGGCUGAGGCUAUUAGUACUGCAUGCUACACCAUCAAUAGAGUUUUCUUCAGACCUGGAACUGACCAAACAGCUUAUGAGUUGUGGAAAGGUAAGAAACCAAACAUACACCACCUUCGUGUGUUUGGAAGUCCCUGCUACAUAUUAAGAGAUCGAGAACAACUCGGAAAAUUUGAUGCUCGAAGCGAUGAUGGUAUCUUCCUCAGAUAUUCUACAAAUAGUCGGGCUUAUAGAGUCUAUAACAAAAGAACCAGGAUUGUCAUGGAAUCUAUCAAUGUGUCUAUUGAUGAUUCCUACAUUAGACAGGAGGAAACCUUUGCAGAAACAUCACCCACAUGCAAACCAGAACCAGAAGACACAUCAACUACUAAUGAACAGAGAGAGAAUACUGACAACAUCUUCGAGCCAGUUCCUCAAGCAAAAAGAGGGUUCAAGCAAGUCCAAAAGGAUCAUUCACGUCAAGACAUUCUUGGACAAAUCUCAGAUGGUCUCAAAACCAGAAGCCAAAUUGCUCCACAGGUAAGUGUAGAUGAGGUAAGUCGAGGUAAUGCUUUACUUUGUUUCAUUAUAGAAAAUCAAAUAGCUAUGAAUGUCAUAUCUCUGUGUGGGUUUGUUUCCCUAAUUGAACCAAAGAAUAUCAAGGAAGCCCUACUAGAUGAUGAUUGGAUUAGUGCCAUGCAGGAAGAAUUAAAUCAAUUCACUAGGAAUGAUGUGUGGUACUUGGUACCAAGACCUAGAGACUGUAAUGUAAUAGGCACUAAGUGGAUUUUCAAAAAUAAAAGUGAUGAGAAAGGCAAUGUAAUCAGAAACAAAGCUAGACUAGUAGCACAAGGUUAUUCACAGAUUGAAGGUCUCGACUUUGAUGAAACUUUUGCCCCUGUUGCAAGAUUAGAAUCAGUGAGAUUGAUUUUGUCUGUUGCGUGUCACCUAAGAAUCAAACUGUUCCAAAUGGAUGUCAAAACUGCCUUUCUGAAUGGUGUGUUGCAGGAAGAAGUCUAUGUGGAACAACCUCAAGGUUUCAAAGAUCCACAUAAUCUAAAUCAUGUUUAUAGACUCAAGAAAGCUCUUUAUGGUUUAAAGCAGGCUCCACGAGCUUGGUAUGAAAGACUCUCCACCCAUCUGGUGGAAAAAGGGUACACAAGAGGAUCAAUUGAUAAAACAUUCUUUAUGAAAUAUGUGAAAAAUGAUCUUAUCAUAGCUCAGGUGUAUGUUGAUGACAUUAUCUUUGGUUCUACAUCUAAAUACCUUGUCAGUGAAUUUCAAUCGGUCAUGGAAAGUGAAUUUGAAAUGAGCAUGUGUGGUGAGCUAACCUUUUUCCUUGGACUGCAAGUGAAGCAACUUGAUGCAGGUAUCUUCCUCACUCAAACCAAAUAUGCUGAGAAUCUAGUCAAGAAGUUUGGACUUGAAUCCAAGAAAGUGGUUACAAACCCCAUGAGCACCACUACAAAACUGAGCGAGGAUCUGAAUGGAAAAUCAAUCGACUCCACUCUCUAUAGAAGCAUGAUUGGCAGCUUACUAUAUCUAACUGCUAGUCGACCUGAUAUUUCAUACAGCUAUUCUGAUGCUGAUUGGGGUGGAAACCUAAAAGAUAGAAAAAGCACUUCUGGAGGUUGUUUCUUCAUUGGGAAUAAUCUUGUUGCUUGGCACAGCAAGAAACAAAACUGCAUUUCUCUGUCUACUGCUGAAGCUGAAUAUGUCGCAGCUGGAAGUUGCUGCACACAAAUGCUUUGGAUGAAGCAAAUGCUUCAUGAUUACGGCAUCACUCAAGAUUUGGUUGAGCAAAAUAUACUUGAGUUAAGCUUUGUGCCCACUGAGAGUCAACUUGCUGAUUUGUUCACUAAGCCUCUUGACACUGCUAGGUUUGAAAUGUUAAGAAAUGUUUUGGGAAUAUGUUCCAAGUAUUAA